AUGUCAUGUGCAACCGCAAGGCGUGUCAUUAGCAACAACAGAAGUUGCAUCAAAGACCCUUACGAUUACCUGCAACUUCUUGAAGCUUGCAGAGCCUCGGAAUCGCUCAAACAUAGCAAGACAGUUCACCAACAUCUCAUCAAGAAUGACAAUAGCUACAAAAAUAGUCCCAUUAUACUAGGCGAACUAACUCUUUUAUACAUUACAUGCAGCGAACUACGACUCGCUCGCCGAGUCUUCAAUACAAUUCCAAACCCAGAAAAGAAAAGCAAAGUCAUAUUAUGGAACCAAAUGAUCAGAGCUUAUGCAUGGGACGGACCCUUCGAAGAAGCCAUCGAGUUGUACUUCGAGAUGGUGGAGCUCGGAAUGACACCCACCAAACAUACAUACCCAUUUGUGCUCAAAGCCUGUGCGGGUUUACAGGAUAAAGAAAAUUGUAUGAAAAUUCAUGAGCAUGUUAAAAGAGCUGGGCUCGAGUUCGAUGUAUAUAUAUGCACUGCUUUGAUUGAUUCUUAUGUUAAAUGCGGGUGUUUAGUUGAGGCACGAAAGAUGUUUGAUAAUAUGUCUAACAGAGAUGUUGUGGCGUGGAAUGCGAUGAUUUCAGGAUUUUCUCUUCAUGGGUUGUAUGGUGAGAUGAUAGAGUUGGUUGUGGAGAUGCAAGAAAUGGGGUUGAGUCCAAAUUCUUCGACAAUUGUGGCAGUUCUUCCUACGAUUGGUGAAGCCAAGGCGUUAACCCAGGGGAAGGCUGUGCAUGGGUAUUGUGUGAGGAGGAGUUUUCAUAGUGCUUUAAUGGUUCGAACGGGGCUUCUGGAUAUGUAUGGCAAAUGUAGCCGGCUACUUUAUGCGAGGAGGAUUUUUGAUGUAAUGGGUGUCAAGAAUGAGGUAACAUGGAGUGCUAUGAUUGGAGCAUGCAUUACGUGUGAUUCUACUACGGAUGCAUUGAGAUUAUAUAACCAAAUGUUUGUUGAGGACAGUGUGAGUCCUUCCUCGGUUACAAUUGGAACUGUUCUUCGUGCGUGUGCUAAGCUGACUGAUUUAAACAUAGGAAGACAGAUCCAUGGUUACAUAACUAAAUCAGGGUCUGUUUUGGAUGUAAUGGUUGGUAAUUCACUUCUUUCAAUGUAUUCAAAGUGUGGAGUUAUAGAUGACACAAUGAAGGUCUUUGAUGAAAUGGCUUCAAAAGAUACUGUUUCCUAUAGUGCUAUCAUAUCAGGGUAUGUGCAGAAUGGUAAUGCAGAAGAGGCUUUGCAAGUUUUCCAGAAGAUGCAGUUCUCUGGGAUCAACCCAGAUUCUGCAACGUUGAUAGGAUUCCUGCCAGCUUGUUCCCAGCUGUCUGCCCUACAACAUGGAGCUUGUGGCCACAGUUAUUCGAUUGUAUGUGGAUUUACAACAGAUAUUUCAAUUUGUAAUGCUCUUAUUGAUAUGUAUGCUAAGUGUGGUAAGAUUGAUGUUGCUAGACUAGUUUUUGAUAGGAUGCAUAAGAAAGAUAUUGUCUCGUGGAAUGCUAUGAUUGUUGGCUAUGCAAUUCAUGGGCUCGGGAUGCAAGCGUUGACCUUGUUUCAUGAUAUGCAGAAUUUAGGCUUAAGGCCGGAUGAUGUAACCUUCAUUGGUCUCUUAUCUGCUUGCAGCCAUUCAGGACUUGUUAAUGAAGGGAAGCACUGGUAUAUCUCCAUGAGUCAAGAUUUCAACAUUGUCCCAAGGAUGGAACACUACUUGUGCAUGACGGAUCUUUUGGGGCGUGCUGGACUUCUGGAUGAGGCCCACAUUUUCAUCCAAGGCAUGCCAUUUGAAUCUGAUGUUCGAGUAUGGAGUGCCUUGCUUGCUGCUUGUCGGAUCCAUAAGAAUGUUGAACUUGGAGAGGAAGCAUCAAAUAAGAUCCAAAGCCUAGGACCUGAAAGUACUGGGAAUUUUGUUCUCUUAUCUAACUUAUACAGUGCUUCUGGGAGAUGGGAUGAUGCAGCGCAUGUUAGAGUCGUGCAGAAAGAUUGGGGCUUUAAGAAAAGCCCAGGAUGUAGUUGGGUGGAGAUAAAUGGGGUUGUCCAUGCAUUUAUGGGUGGAGAUAGGUCGCACCCACAAUCAUCUCUGAUAAACCUAAAAUUAGAGGAACUAAUGAUAGAGAUGAGAAAAUUGGGAUAUCAAUCAGAACCAAGUUUUGUAUAUCAAGAUGUUGAAGAGGAGGAGAAGGAACAGAUUCUUGUUUAUCACAGCGAGAAGCUUGCUGUUGCAUUUGCAAUGCUUAGUCUGAGCCCUAACAAACCUAUUCUUGUUACAAAGAAUUUGAGGGUCUGUGGUGAUUGCCAUGCUGCCCUAAAAUACAUAACCAUCAUUUCAAAGAGAGAGAUAACAGUGAGGGAUGCAAGUCGAUUUCAUCAUUUCAGGGAUGGAUUUUGCAACUGUGGAGAUUUCUGGUGAGGAGGAGAAUAUAUGGGUGAAAUCACAGGACUUCAUGGUGCUCGAGUGGAAUCUGUCUAUCCUGUUUCUUUGCCAGGCUGUCUGGCUGCAUUACUGCAGCUGUGAAUCAGAUAAUAAUUGCUGAAAUCAUAAGCCGAAGACAAUUAUGUCAAUGCAUGCUCAGCCUUCUUGAGAUGUAGAAUAUAUCUUGGCCGCCAAACUCCCCUUCAGAAUGCUCUCACUGAGUGGAUGACCUGAAGUAUCGGUAGGCAUGAAUUCUAAUUGAUCUUCACCACUGACAAAUGA